AUGGAGAUGAACCACGAGGUAGAGACUCUUCAUAGGCUCGAAGAUGAGUUGGGAACAAAGAUAUAUCCUGGCACUGAGAUUAUGACCGACACUGGCACUCACCAUUUUGUGAAAUCCUCGAAGAAUGUCCUAGUGCCUCAGCCCUCAAACGAUCCUCAUGAUCCGUUGAACUGGACUCCUUUCUGGAAGGGGACAACCAUGACAUUAACGACUAUAAUGUCCUUCGCACAGGCAGUUGGCCCCUUGGCGCUGCCUCCUAUGUUUCCGAAGUUAAUGGAAGAAUUCCACUGCGACCUGUCAGGGGCCGUUCAAUUUACGGGCGUUUGCAUCUUAGUCCUCGGCUUUAGUAAUUUCUUCUGGGUGCCAAUUAUGACUACAUUCGGUCGUCGCCCCGUACUUCUCUUUUCCACAUUGAUAUGCUUGAUUUCUAAUAUCUGGCGUGGUGUCGCGACAUCAUAUGGAAGCUUUAUGGGAGCCUGUGUCCUCAAUGGCUUUGGAGCUGGGCCGGCGGAGACGGCUCAACCUCAAAUCAUUGCUGAUGUGAUGUUUUUGCACGAGCGCGGAGCAUACAACACUCUUUACUUUACGACUUACUUUGGAGCUUUGAUGAUUGGUCCUAUCAUUGCAGGACCUAUGACUGAUUACCUUCACUGGAGACAUUUCUGGUGGCUAAACGUUGCUCUCCUCGGCGCAGUGAAUGUGGCUUUGAUCUUCUUAUUCCCCGAGACCAAAUGGCAUCGGGCUCAACCCGACGAAGGAGUGGUCGAUACCAAGUCUUCGGGUAGCAUUGGAGUCUCAGAGAAACAAACCCAAGAACCUUCUGCUACCCUUGUUGAGGCAGCCUCCGAGGAGGAAAUAGAAAAGGGAGAGGCCCGUCGAGUUGAGACCCAAGAAGAUCUCUACUUGGCGACAGGCUCCCCUUCAAAGCAGCAGUUUAAGCUCUGGCAGAAAAACGAGAGCCCCUUCAAGAGUAUGCUUGUUGAUUUCUGGGUCCCGUGGAAACUGCAUGCUUUUCCCAUUGUUCAACUUGCGGCCUUCAUUGUCUCCUGGUCUGCCUCGGUAUUCCUCACUGUCAACCUGACCCAAAGUCAAAACUUCGCGGCACCGCCAUACAACUUUUCUGCGCAGGCUGUUGGGUUUACCAACUGGGCAAUUUUGAUUGGGGCUUUGAUCGGACUAUUUACGAACGGUCCCUUAUCCGACUGGGUUUCUAUGCGCGCGACCAGGAAGAAUCGAGGUAUCCGAGAGCCAGAGAUGAGACUGCCUGCCAUGAUCCCAUAUGUGGUUGUCGUCCUUGUUUGCAACCUGGUGGUGGCCCUGGGAUAUCAAUAUAAAUGGGACUGGAAGGCAAUCGUCAUCAUUGGGUACACAGGGGCAGGUAUCCAAGUCGCUGCCAUUCCCGCCAUUAUCAGUACCUACGCCAUUGACAGCUACAAACCUGUUGCUGGCAGCAUCUUUGUCACCAUCACUGUGAAUAAGAAUUUGUGGGGUUAUGGAGUUGGCAAGUUUCUCACUCCGUGGACCGAGAGGAAUGGCUUCAUUCCCGCCAUCAUGCUCAACAUGAGCCUCAUGAUUUUCUGGUGUGCAUGUGCUAUCCCGUUCUAUUUCUGGGGUAAGAAGCUGCGCAAGCUUACUGCCAAUUCAUCUGUGCAUAAUUUGUAA